AAUUGGAGACUUGCUCCUUGCUGAUGGCCAACUUCAUCACGUGUGUGUCACAUGGGAGUCAUCAAAAGGCACGUCCACAGUAUACAAGGACGGUGCUUUGGUUAAAACAAUUGGUAAUGUCAUGACUGGAGAACAAAUCAAAGGUGGCGGAAUAUGGGUAAUCGGUCAAGACCAAGAUUCAGUUGGAGCUGGUUUCCAAGCCAAAGAUUCCUUUAAAGGCUAUGUGACCCAAGUCAAUAUUUGGGAUAGAGUUAUUGGUUCCAAUGAGAUCAAAUGUUUCGCAAAGGAUUAUGGUUCUAUUAUGCAAGGAAACUACAAGGCCUAUAGCGAUUUCAAUGUCUCCAGUGCUACUCAGUUGAUUAAAUCGUUAUGCUGUCCUUUGGCUCCAAUUUCUGAGCCAUGA